AAGUAUUUUUUUAAAAAAGAGGCAGUGCCGGGCCGGGAUAUCUGGUCUCAGGCUGAGGAGUGGUUGGGCCCCCAAGGAAGGGAGGUGGGGAGGAAUUCUCCAGCUCACACAAUUUCAGUCAUUCAACAAAUAACGACUGUGCAGCCACAGUGGCUACCAGGCCCUGGGCUCGAGGACAUCUGAGAGAGUCCCACCUCGGCCCCCAGGGAGCUCUGUUUCUAGUGGGAAGGCAAGACAAUAAAGAAGGUACGAAUAACUCAGUAAUGCCAGACGGUGGGAGGAGGAGUUAAGGAAAAUAGAACAGGUGUGCGCGGGGGUGACGAGGGGAAGGGACCUUAUCUCCGACGGUCUGGGAGGAAGUGGCACCUGAGUGGCACCUGGAGGUGGAGGCUUGGCCAGAUGGCAGGGGUGGGGAGGGAGACUGGGAGGGGAGAGAGUUCCAGGCAGAAGGGCUGGCAAGUGCAAGAACAAGCUGGCAACAAGUUCGGGGAGGGAUCCGCGUGUCUGGAGUAAGGCGGGGAAGGGGGGGCAAAAGGCGAGAGGGGCUCGGGUGCCACCUCCGCCAGGAAGCCUUCUCGUAUCGCCGCGCUUCCUCCACACUCCCCCAGCUUGCUCUACCGCAGCGCAAAUCCCAUGGGUGCCGCUCAGGCCUCCUUCCCUGCCCGGACUACGAGUGCGGAGAAAGCAGGGCCGGCUCGGAUUCCUCUCUCCGCAUCCCCGCGGCGCCCGGCCCGGCGCUGGGCACCCUGUGGGCACUGGGUAAAUAUUUGCAGAGCGCACUAGAAGGAAUGAAUGAACCCAUUGGGCGCCGCUGGGGGGAGGGCGGGGCCGAGGGCAGGUGGGAGGCCGCCGACGCGGGAGGGGCCCUCGGAAGCCCGUCCUCCUCCUCCCCCUCCCCCUCCCAGGCCCCAGCGCGCACCACUCUGGGGCUCCCGAGGCGGCCUCUCGUGCGAUCAAGGGCGCGCAGGGCUGGAAGAGCGACCUGGGGCCCCUCUUCUGGGCGCCGGAGUUCGGAAAAGGGUGGGUCCCCGCCGCCCAAGAGCAAGAGCACGAGAAGAACCGGAGGAAGGAGCGCCCGCUCGCCCGCCGCCUCGCUGCCACCCCGGCGCUCGCUCUCCCGGCUCCUAGGUUUGCUGGCUGCUCCUCCCACCCGCGCCCGCCUCUUUGCUCGCGCUCUCGCUCGCUCAAGCCGGUUUCCGAGCCCCACGGUGCGCCCGGGCGAGUGCGGGGCGAGGGGCCCCGGGGCCAGCGCCGAGCCGGGGGCGGGGGUCCGGGCAGAGCGCAGCCGGCCGGGGAGGGGCCAUGUCCGGCGCGGGCGCAGAGGGGCCCGUCUACAGCAAGUGACCGAGCGGCGUGGACGGCCGCCUGCCCCGCUCCGUCACCUGGGGCGGCUCGGGCCCCGGUGCCGGGUGCCCGGAGCCCGGGUCGCGCGUAGAGCCGGCGCGAUGCACGUGCGCUCGCUGCGCGUCGCGGCGCCCCACAGCUUCGUGGCGCUCUGGGCGCCCCUGUUCCUACUGCGCUCCGCCCUGGCCGACUUCAGCCUGGACAACGAGGUGCACUCAAGCUUCAUCCACCGGCGCCUCCGCAGCCAGGAGCGGCGGGAGAUGCAGCGCGAGAUCCUCUCCAUCUUGGGCUUGCCCCAUCGCCCGCGUCCCCACCUCCAGGGCAAGCACAACUCGGCGCCCAUGUUCAUGCUGGACCUGUACAAUGCCAUGGCGGUGGAGGAGGGCGGCGGGCCCGACGGCCAGGGCUUCUCCUACCCCUACAAGGCCGUCUUCAGUACCCAAGGCCCCCCUCUGGCCAGCCUGCAAGACAGCCACUUUCUCACCGACGCCGACAUGGUCAUGAGCUUCGUCAACCUCGUGGAACACGACAAAGAGUUCUUCCACCCACGCUACCACCACCGGGAGUUCCGGUUUGAUCUUUCCAAGAUCCCAGAAGGGGAAGCGGUGACCGCAGCCGAAUUCCGGAUCUACAAGGACCACAUCCGGGAACACUUCAGUAACGAGACGUUCCGGAUCAGCGUUUACCAGGUGCUGCAGGAACACUUGGGCAGGGAGUCAGACCUGUUUCUGCUCGACAGCCGCACCCUCUGGGCCUCGGAGGAGGGCUGGCUGGUGUUCGACAUCACGGCCACCAGCAACCACUGGGUGGUCAACCCACGGCACAACCUGGGCCUGCAGCUCUCAGUGGAGACUCUGGAUGGGCAGAGCAUCAACCCCAAGUUGGCAGGCCUGAUCGGGCGGCAGGGGCCCCAGAACAAGCAGCCCUUCAUGGUGGCCUUCUUCAAGGCCACCGAGGUCCACCUCCGCAGCACCCGUUCCACGGGGGGCAAGCAGCGCAGCCAGAACCGCUCCAAGACACCCAAGAACCAGGAAGCCCUGCGGGUGGCCAACGUCGCAGAAAACAGCAGCAGCGACCAGAGGCAGGCCUGUAAGAAGCACGAGCUGUACGUCAGCUUCCGGGACCUGGGCUGGCAGGACUGGAUCAUAGCGCCCGAAGGCUAUGCCGCCUACUACUGCGAGGGGGAGUGCGCCUUCCCUCUGAACUCCUACAUGAACGCCACCAACCACGCCAUCGUGCAGACACUGAAGCAGUUAGAACAGUUUCGUGGGCUCCUAAAGGUAUCGUGGGUAAAGGCCACUGUGCGUAACGGCGGUCGCCCUGACCCUGCCUCCGUCAGGCGACCGCUGUUCCUGGUUGUCAGCAUGCACAUCCACAGGCCCUGCAACGUCUGGGCUUCCUCCAGGUCGGGUAGGCUUGAGGGCUCAUCCCCUCCCAGAGCUCGUGGCUUUGCCUCCGGGCCUUGAACUCUGUGGUUCAGCCAUUCAAGGGUGUUUAUUGAGCAUCUACUACAUGUAGCCCCUGCGCUGACAGCUGGGGACGCCGCAGGGAACAACAUACAGGGAACAUCACAGACGUGGUCCCUGCACUCAGAGCCUCAUUUUCCAGGCAGGGAAACAGUCAAGUGAACAAAUGCGGGAACUUCAGGGAGAACAGAGAGGGGAACGACAGGAAGGUGGCAAACGGGACAGUAGGGUAGAGAGACGGGGGGCAGCCAUGGGGCUCUUUGAACUUUCACGGGGUCAUUGGAGGAUUCAGUGUGAUGAUGCAAUUAAAGCUCUUAACGGGGUAUCCAGCACAGAGGACACUCAACAGAUGUUAUUUUUACUACUUUACCAACAACAAGAGUGAUACGAGUUAGAGACUUUGUUCUUUAGCUUAGAAGCUGAGGCUCAGAGACGUUGUUUAUCUUCCUCCUUGCUGUGAAUGAUCUGGGCCUUCCCUGACAACUGGUCAUCCUCUCUGGCUUGAAUGCUUCUAGUGAUAGAGAGCUCACUACCCAGGCCCAUCUCCUCUGUACCACGGGUCUGUCUGUUGCAGAGCUCUGUGCUUCUUUUGCUUAGUAACCUGCCUCCCUCUUCCCUGUCCCUGCCCCGUGUGUUACUUCUCGCUCCGCUGUUCCAUUUAUUCGGAUUAGGCUCUGCCCUUUGAGGGAAGGCCUCUUUUUUGAAGCAUUGCUUUGCCAGGACCCCCGCUCCCACAGCAGUAAACUCUGAAGCCCUAUUCAGGACUGAAGGUCUUCAGGCUGGAAAUGAAGAGUCACCCCAGCCUGUUCCUUGGCCUGAACUUGUCCCCCGUGCCAGUGUCCCCCUGUUCUGUCCUGCUCCGAGGACCAGAGUGACGGGGGUGUCUCCCAGGCUGCCAGGAGCACACCUCCACCCUUCUUUGAGCCCUGCCCAUGGAGCAGAAGCCCGGCUGCCCUGUGACACUCUCUCCAUCUGCAAUUCACCAGAAAGCUCUGGGAUCAGAAUGAGUCCUUUGAUUAUUCUGAAACGAAGGUCAUGUUUGAAAAGGAGGUGAAUCCCUGCUUUCUAGAGAGUCCUAAUGAAAUACAGAGGAAGUGAGCUAACAUCUGGGAUUUGCUUUCACAUUAUUCAAGGAUGGAGGAGAUGGGGGAAGGUUUAGAUUUGUAAGGUUUGAGAUUAAACAUAAAAAACAGUUUAAAAAGCACGCUGACCUACGUGGGAGGUCAUAGACUGGGGCUUGGGGGCGGAGGGUCAUCCACAGGGUUUCCGGUUGGCCCACGUGGUGUGUUGGAAACCUGGAAGUUUCUCAUAAAAACAAAACAGGACUGACAGCUGGCCUGAGCACUCGGCACAUCCGAUCGCACUGGCUUUGGGCAGCUUGUGUCCAUCUCCCUUUGGUUUGCCCCGGUCCUCACCGUCCCCUAUGGUCUGACCCCUGGCCCAGUUUGGUCGUCCGUGGCGCUUGCAUGGCCGCUGCCGACGUUUGAAUUAGUUUGUCCCCGAGCCCCACCACCUGUAAGGUGCGUAGGCGCCCACGAGCCAGACGGAACAAUAAACCUGGGCAACUGGCUGACUCCUUUCCUCGUUCUUACCUCUGGACCUUCUCCUUUCUUGUGGACGUGCACCCAAAGGUUUGCCCAAAUUCUUUGCCUCUCAUUUUUAUUGCUUAAGAUGCAGAACAGUCUAAUAUAGUCUAGACUCACACCAUCCAAUACAGUGACCACUUCUGUGUGGUGCCUCUUCAGUGAGUGCUUGAAACGUGGCCAGUCUGAAUGGAGAUGUUUUGCAACUACAAAAUACACACUGGGUUUUGAAGACUUAGUAUAAAAAAAAUGUAAAAUAUCUCAUUAAUGAUUCCUUAUGCUAAGUAUACGUUGAAAUGAUAAUUUUUUGAAAUCUGGGAUUAGAGUAAACAUACUGUUUAAUUUCACCUCUUUCUUUUUCACCUUUUAAAAUGUAGCUACUAGAACGUUUUAAAUUACACAUGUGGUUUGCGUGAUAGUUUUCUUGGACAGGACAGGUCUGGCCCAGAGUUUGGCAACCUUUUUCUGGAAAGGGCCAGAUAGUAAAUAUUUUCAACCUCGAGAGCUGAAAGUCUGUGCUGCACCUUUUCACCACAGAUGCUGUGUAAUGCAGAAGCAGAAGCAGCCACAGAUGAUGUGUAGAUGAAUGGGCGUGGUGUGUGCCAAUAAAACUUUAUUCAUAAAAGCAGGCGGUGGAGCAGGGAUCGGCCUGCAGGCCAACCCUCGUCUAGCCCAGUGGUUCUCCACUUGGGGCAGUUUUGCCUCCCAGGGGAUAUUUGACAAUGUCUGGAGACAUUUUUAGUUGUCACGGUGCAGGGGUGGGGUGGAGUGCCUCCGAAUUCUAGUGGUUGUAGCCCAGGGAUGCUGUCAGACAUCCUGCCGUGCACAGGACAGCCCCACAUCCUGGCCCCAAGUGUCUUCCUAGCCAUGUGCUGGGUGACCCUCUAUGCUUUGGUUCUCUCAUCUGUGAAUCAAGAAUAACCCCAGAACUGAGUUAGUUACCCAGCAAGUGCUUAGAACUGGGAGUGACCGGUGAGUGUCACCUGCGGGGGACUUUUGUCCAAGCAGUACCUGUACCUUUAGGAAUACUGAGGCCAGGGAGGAGUGACUCACCGGCUCUCACCACUGCCACCGUUUUGGUGUGUG